UCGUGGGUGGUUGGGAGCGACUAUAUAAAGCGUUUCACGGAUCAUGGUACAUCGCAGUUGCUUUUACGUGUUGCUUCAUCCGCGUUUCAAGACUUUUUCCUCCCUGGAACGUGUCUGGAAACGUAGAAACAUCUUUUUUUCAUCCGAUCCGCCGCGACCGUGCCUCUCGCGUCUCGCGUUCCUCAACUUCCGUUUCCAAGCGUAACGCGUCUUAUCGCCGAACGAAAGAAUUCCCUUAGCGCCCGGAGAUAGUUCGAAUUCUCUUCGUUUUCGUUUCUGGUGACGUUCGUUAUAAAUAUUGAUGAAGAAAAAAUAGUUCGGACGGUUAAACCGUGAGAAGAAGAGAGUAAUAUUCUUUGUUGCGAAUUGAAAAAUUUUGUUCGAGGAUUAACGAGCAGAUACGUAUAAGGAAAUAUAUUAAUAGUUAUUAAGGAGGAAAAGGAAAAUGUUUUCACGGUGCAGGAAGACGCAAUUGGUACCGUGCUUUAGCAGCAUAGAGAUCGUGAUGUGUUUGUGGGUUGCGUGUGCCGUUUUAACUCUGGUCGCAUCUCAGCAGAAAUUUUACAUUCAGGGCCGAUACGGUAAAAGGCAGGAACCACGCGCAGCUUCAGAUGCUUUCUACGUAUCGGGAGGCAGGUACGGUCGCAACGAAAACUCGCAGAAAACGAGCAAAUCGUUGCCGAGAUUGGUGGAAGUGGAGAUACCGAGGAUAGAUCGAUUCUUUUGGGGUGAUCGAUACGGUAAACGCUCGCCACCGGAUUAUCGGACAGUUUCGUCGGUGAAUCGAUUCAGCGCCGUGCUCAACUUCAUGGAUCAAGUUGAUCUCGAUCGAGAGAACGACAUCAGCAACCGGAACGAGCUCGAUCUUCUACCUUAGGAUUAUUUCGACAUCUGCGAGGACUCGUUGGCUCUUUUACGCAAACGAAACGAACCGAGAGGAGAAAUGCGUCAGAGGGAACGAGUGGGUUUUAAUUUUUUCCAAAAGUCCUUAGCGAUGAUUUGUUGUUUUUUCAAUCGAUUCGAACGAGUGUUGAUACGCGCAGAAAAUACGAAGUAUAUAUAUAUAUAUAUCAGCUUCGGUUUACGCAUCGAUAGAGCGAUGGUGUGUGUGUUUUUCUCUUUUAUGCUUUCGCUACGAACCGAUACCACCACCCUUUUAAUUCACUCUGUUAAUUCUGUGACGAUCGCUCUUUGAUUUUUCACCCGUUCUAUUUAAAUGGCGAUAUUGCGGAACACGUGGGAGUUAAACUAUCACUCUGUUUUCAGUUUAUAUUUACUUCGUUAUUCCGCUUGCGUAAUAUUUGUGAAUUUUUACAAGUGCAGUCGGAAGAUUGGAGCAUCAUUUUCUUUUUGGACUAAUUGGAGACUAAUCUUCGCGUGCAAUUUUCUGAGAAAUACUACGAAAUACGAGAUAAGAUAAAUGAAAUAGAACGAUAAUAUAAUAAAAUAAGAUACAAUAUGUU